GGAUACAUGUAUUGCUGCUUCUUGUGCAGUCAUAGAUUCUGAAAAAUGAUUUCUUGUUCCACCCUCAAAAUGGCGAAGAUCAAUCUGUAUCUGUAUAGAGUUUGUUGGGUUUAGGUUGGGUUAAGUUAGAUGAAUAAUAAUAGAAAGGGCAUAGGCCCAGCCCAAGUCCCUCCAUGGGUAUUAAUACAGAAGAAAAUAGAUGGAGCCGCCCUGGAAGAGGCAAAAUGAUAAAGCGGCGAUUCUAUAGGAUGGAACACGGCGACAGAGAUGGCGCCUCCAAUCAAUCCUCCUCUUCUUCUUCCGAUUCUGAAAUACAAGUCCACUCAGAAGCAGAAGCAGAAGACGUCUCCUCUGGAUAUAAAACCGAGGAUAGCUCCGCCAAUGAAACCCUUGUUGACACCUCAGCCUCAGGUUUCCCAAUAGAUGAUGGAAAUGAAGGAGAUAGUCCUAAACACGACCUGGUGUUUGGUAGAAGUGAUUCUGAAUUUCAAGAGCAAGGUUCCAACAUUUCUGCUGACAAGGAAUCACCGUCUGCAGAUCUCCCAGAAUAUGUUGUGAAACGCAAAUCUACUUUCAAGUGCAGGAUAUGCCCUAGAAUUGUUUGUUUGAAUGAAGAGGCCUUGAGUGCUCAUCUGAAGUCCAAGAGACAUGCUCGGUCUGAGAAAUUAUUGAAUGAAGGUCGGCUGAAAGCUGUGCUGAACAGUGAUGGGAAACUUGAUGAAGAAGACACCCCUGCUUUAUAUGCUCGAAUCCUUGCUUCUCCACAGGCUUUUCCAAGAAAAAGAAGUAAACAAGAGGAUAAAAGAAGGCCAAGAAAGAAGGUAAAUAACAUUAAAGAUUAUUGCAUUUAUUUAGGAUAUGAGGUGGAAAUUUUAUAAUGCAAUAUGCUUGCAUUGUGCAGAGAAUGAGAUAGAAUAAUAAGAAAUCGAGAGGAAGUUGAGGCAAGAGAAGGUGCCAAUGAAGAAUUGUGGUUUUUGUGAAGCCAGAGAAUGCGCAUCUGCCUAGAGGAAAUGAAGAUUUGCUUUGUUUUUAUUUGACUGAUGAGGCUGUGAUCACUUGAUAGUUCAUCUAGAUUCUAUCUCCCCGCGUGCUAAUUAUUUGUUUUGAUCUGAUAUGAUCUGUGGCAUUUGCCUAUCCGACAAUACUUCUAUUUCAGAGUUAAUUAGUGUUGCCAAUAGUUGCAAUUGUCCGCAUAAAGCGGCCAAGGUCUAAAACCUGGUAAAAAUGGUGCACAAAGUUAAGAACAUAGAGUUGUCC